UACACACUUCACGUUCGUUUGAUCAGUUCAAUUUGCAUAAGUUAGCUUUUUCCCCACAACAGAGACUAAGCCUUGAACCAAUCAAAGAGCUGCAUUUCAGUCACGUGAUUCAAGAUGAGAGUUGAGUCUAAAGGUUUGUUCAACUACCCUUUACAAGGAAGUAUUGACAGUGAUGUGGCACAAUUUGAGUCGUCUCUCGAACAAGAAGUAGCUAAACUGACCGGAGUAGCCAAACUCAUGUUACACAAAAUGGAGGAGCUGAGUAAAUGUGAGAGCGAAGCGAGCGACAAAGAGUUCACAGUGAUGAUACGCGGGAUGAUAGACCCCUUCAUAACACAGAUUGGAGCACAUCCUACACUGCAACAAUGCAGUAAACACACUGUAGAGACACUGCUAUCAGUACCCACGACACAUUGUACUGACUACAAUGUACCAGUACAUGUCUACACUCCUACUUCCCUCGCGCACAACACUCGCAACGCUGCGUACAUAUACGCGCACGGCGGGGGAGGUGUAGCGUCCACUGCGCCACUUGCUAAACCUUGGUUGGACUAUAUAGCUGUUAACUGUGGGGUGGUGGUGUUUAAUGUGGAUUACAGACUUGCUCCGGAAACAAAGUCUCCUAACAAUGUACUGGAUUUCUACGAGUGUUUGAAGUUUGUGUACAAUAACGCGGCAGACCUCAACAUUGAUCCAGAAAAGAUAGCAAUAGCGGGAGAGUGUGGAGGCGGGUACAUAUGUCUAGGAACCAUGGUGCUACUCGCACAGCGGGACCAAACACACCUCGUCAAGCUAGCUAUGCCUGGUAUGUCCCUGAUAGAUGACUACUGUUUCUCCCCACCCAGCUGCAUGACACGUGAGGAACGCCGAGAUUCCCUCUCCAUGCGGAAGAUCUGGCGUCUGCGCGCCACUGAUUUGGAGUCUCAGUGGGAGGACCCUGUACUGUUUCCUGGUAAAGUUAGUGACGAACUCCUCGCUAAGUUCCCUCCUACCAUUAUAAAUGAGGUGGAGUUUGACAUGUUUAUCACAGAGACGAGUAGGUUGGCUAACAGGUUGCGAAGGGUGGGGAGACUGCUGGAGUUUGUGGUUAUACCUGGCGCCAAGAAUGGGUCUAAUCUUAACCCUGAGUUUAAGUGUUUUACAGCGUGGCAGGAGACUAUUAAACUGUCUAUUCAGGAGUAUUUGCUUAAAUAAACAAAUAUUGGUGACGGUGAUUCUAAAAUUAUUAGUAAAAAGGGAGUGGCUUAAUAAAAGGGGUUUUGAAUAAUAUUUAUUAUAAUGAGGAGUUUUUCCCUUGAAAUAUCAUGUUUAUAGAUACAAUUUUACGUGAACAAUCAAUCUUAUUAUAUUGAAAGGUUAAAACGGAUGUAAUUUUUAAACACUUAUAACUAAUUACAAACCUGUUUGUCCUUGAGAUAGUUCGACUCAUUGUUACUGAUGUGUUCGUCUCCGGACUGCUGC